GUUUCACUAUUUGAGGAUUUUCCUUAAAAUGCUCUGUUUGAAUACCCUCAAAAUUUGGCAUAUAUCUCUUGAUGAUUUGGGCUUGUGUUGACAACGGGAACUGAACCUGGGAACAAGGUAAACAAUUAAUUUUGAAAUGUGGGAAUGCUGGAAAAAUGGGAGAGUAUCAUCUCUAGAGGUGGGGACUUCAAAAUGAAACCAACACACACUGUGUGUGAAUUGCACUUUGAUGAGAGCUAUAUCAUCAGGCCCAAACCUCUGAUUGUUGGGGGCAUUGACAUAAGUCCACAAGGUGGAAAAUUAAAGCUUGUGCCUCAUGCAGUUCCAACCAUCUUAAACGGGUAUCCAAAAUAUAUGAUACCUAAAGUGCAAUCAAAAAGGUCUGCAACUGAAAGGGUGUCAGAAGUUCCCAAAAAAAGGAGAAGAAAAGCUGAGGAGCAGAUUCCAGAGACGAAUGAAGAACUCACAGAACACACAAUAAAUGAUGAUGUGGAAAUGAAUGAAGCUGAAGUGAUGAAUGAAGAAAUUUUGAUGACGAAUCCUUUACCUUUGGUGGAAGCUGUUUACAACAAUCCUCAACUUAUUCAGAAACCAUUAGAAUCAUGGCUAGUUCAAAGAGGGCCCUCAUUUGUUUCCUUUGUUCACAUUGACCCUGCAGGGAUCCAAAUAGACAGAGCAAUUAAAUUUACAACUGGCAGCGAGCAGCCAACCAUUUUCGUUCAAGGGCAACAAAUAUUGCAUGAUUUUAAAGUAAUUACCCUUGAAGACAUUUUAUCCCUGCUCAGUAGAAUGGACACCUCCAAGGUUUGUCCUGGGGCAGAAUUGAAAAAUGUGAGAUCUCCAGGAUGUGUUUGGUUUCUGGAGCCAUCAGGGAGGAAAAACAAACCACCUCCUCGUUGUUCAGCUUGUCUUUCAAAAAGAAGAGAUGUUGCAAAGGCCAUCAGGAGGGACCAGGAGAAAGACUGCAACAGAAGUAAGAAAUGUCAGCAGAAGAAUAAUGCUAUUAAAGGUCUGAAAAUUAAAGUAGCUAGAAGGGAAGCAAAGAUCAAAAAGUUGAAACAAACAAUUCAUAACCUGCAUGACAAAUUUGAAGCUUUAAGCGAUGAAAAAAUAAAUGCUUAUGUAGCUUUAAUGCCAGAAUCAUGGCAAACUGCAAUUCGUACCUGUGUAGCAGCAGCUAAAGCUAAAAAUAGUCAUGGGAGAAGAUACACUGCGCAGUGGAUAUACGAGUGUACUCUGCUCAGAAUUAAGUCACUUGCCUUAUAUAAAAAAAUGCUUAGAGAUAAUUUUCUUCCUCUUCCAUCAUUGAGAACUCUGCAAAGAUAUAUGAAGAAACUCAACCCUGCAUAUGGGUUUAAUGAGAAUACCUUUUCUUUGAUUAAAAAAAAAUGUGCCCAUAUAAAAGAGCCAAAGAGACAUGGUGCCCUGCUCCUUGAUGAGAUGAAAAUCACUGAAGGGCUGAGCUACGACAAACCUGCUUUGGAGGUCAAAGGCUUUGUCUAUUAUGGUAAACACACCCCUGAGGCUUUGAAAGAUGUACCAGCUGAUCAUGCCCUAGGGCUGAUGUUUCAAGGCUUUCAAGAAGCAUAUUAUAUUACAAUUGGUGCCUUUCUCAGCAAAGGGGCAAUUAAAGGCCCUGAUCUUGCCAAAAUAUUGCUUGAAGCAAUUGGUCUGUUGGAACAAGCUGGCCUUUUUGUAGAUUGUAUAGUAAGUGAUGCUGCUCCAUGGAAUAGAAACAUGUGGUCUAAAUUUGGUUUAAAAAAAUUAAGGUAUGAAACUGAAGGCUCUAAAAAGAAAUAUGCUGUUGAUGAUGAUGAUAAUGAUGAAUAUGAAGAAAUAGAUGAACCAGCCACAUUAGCUUUUAUAGGAUCAGGAAGAACACAAGAUAGUGACAACAAAAAGAAAAAAGCUCCUCGCAAGAAGAAAACAGCCUCAAGGAAGAAGAAAAAAAAUUCACCUGAAAAUGACGAAGACUUUGUGUCUUAUUGCACACAUCCCAUUGACAGCAAAAGAAAUCUAUACUUUGCUUCGGACUUUCCACAUCUAAUGAAAUCUGUAAAGCAGAGAAUAGUGAACACUGAAAUUUUAGAGACACCAGAUGGAGUAGUUAAGCUCAACCACUGGGCAAUAGUUUGUCAGGAAGAUGAAAAAAGAGGCAUUAAAGUUGCCCCCAAGCUGUCAAAAGCUCACUUCCAAAGCGAAAGUUAUGCAACCAUGAGUGUCAAGUUAGCCUUUUCAUUUUUUAGUGAACAGGUAGCAACUGCCAUGGAACAUUAUAAAAACCUACAUGUCAUAGGUAUGGAAGACUGUGAAGCCACCGUGAAGUUUAUCAGGAGAAUGAAUGUGCUCAUUGACUUCAUGAAUUCUAAUACCCGGAAAGAUGGGUUAAAGGCACCAGGUGUACAAGAGGAAAGGGAAGAGAAUGCAGCACCUGCACAAUGCCUUGAGUGUGGAAAAGUGCAUGCACAAUAUUCUCCUCAAAGAAGGGGCACUGCUCGAGAGGCUCUUACUGAUUUUCUGGCAUACCUGAAAAAAUGGGAAACAUCAGGAGUAUUAAGGGACAAGAGGCUUACUGCCAGUGCUGCCUAUGGGCUGAGGGUAACUGUGAAAACUGCACUUCACCUAAGCCUCUAUCUCAUCCAGGAUCAUGGUUAUGAGUAUUUUAUGACCAGGAGAAUCAAUCAGGAUGCACUGGAGCAUUUCUUUGGUCUUAUUCGACAAGGAUGUGGUGCACAUGGACAUCCAGACCCCAUCCAGUUUAUCCAAGUUUACAGGCUUGCUUCAUACAGAAGCCUCAUAAAGCCACCCAAAGGCAGUAAUAUUAUGGGAGGUGAUAUGCUGAAGUCUCUUCUGUCGAUGCCUGAUUUCACAUCAGAAGAGAACAAACGCAGGCGCCUGCAAUUAGAGAGAGAGCUUUAUGAAGCCCUGGACACAGGGGAGGUGAUAGAGAAUUGUGCUUUUGCAGACCAUACAUACUACCAAAAUAACACAAUUGAUGUAUCAGCCUUGAAACAGUUUGGAGGAUACGUGGCUCGAAGGACAAGGAAGUUCACUGUUGCUCGAACAUGUGAUGAGUGCUUCAGCUGCCUCAAAGCUCCAGCUGAUCAGCCAUACAGAGAAGAGGAAGAUGACAUUAGCCAUAGUCGGUCCCUUGGCUACCUCAUUACACCAUCUGACAAUAUGAUGAGUAUCCUGGAAACUUUGGAAAAAACCAUUCUUGAAGUGUUCCAGACAAGCCAUAUUCAUAAAGAUUUGGUAUUUGAAGUGGUUGACCGAGUCAAAGAAAAGGCAUUCACACAAAUUGGCUGUGAUGAGCACAAGAGGGAAUUGACAAAGGCCAUAAUUUCAUUUUACGUGAACACACGUAUUAUCUUUGCCUGUGAAGAGUACAACCGCAGGCUCUCUGCAAAUUCCAAAAAGAAAACCAAGUCCAGGCAACAGAUAAAAAUGUUCAAACUUACUUGUUAAGUGUUUGGAACAUUGUUCCUAAUGUCAAAUGUUUUAUUGGUUUUGUAGACUUUUUUGGUUCCUCCACAGAACAUGUAUUUUUGGAUUUUUGUACAUAACUCAUGAAGUCAGGGGAAUCAGACUUAGCUUGGUUUAACCUAGUCAACAGAAAGGUUCAAUU